UCAUUGGUUGCGCCACACGGCACUAAAAAUUUCUUAUAAAAACAGAACAAUCGUUACCUCGAAUGUAUUAAGUAAACACCACUCUGCUCUUCAUCAUACCAGAUCACUAGCGUUUCUUACGAGCAUAAGUUCAAUGGCAACUGCAGGUGUGCAAGAAAUUCGUCCUCCCACGCUGGCUCCCACCUCCGAACCACCAUCUAUUUUUGAUGGAACUACAAGGUUGUACAUGAGUUAUUCAUGCCCAUUUGCUCAACGCGUAUGGAUCACUAGGAACCACAAGGGACUGCAAGACAAUAUCAAAUUGGUUCCUAUUGACCUUAUGAACAAGCCUGCUUGGUAUAAAGAGAAGGUUCACCCCGAAAACAAGGUGCCAUCUCUCGAACAUGAUGGCAAGGUUUUAGCAGAAAGUAUUGACUUGAUCAAAUAUGUAGAUGCAAAUUUUGAAGGGCCAGCACUAUUGCCUAAUGACCCAGCCAAGAAGGAAUUUGGUGAGGAGCUAAUAAUAUAUGUUGAUACUUUCACCAAAGAUGUGUUCACUUCAUUCAGAGGCGAUCCUAUAACUCAAACCAGUGCUUCGUUUGACUACGUGGAGAAUGCUCUUGGUAAAUUUGAUGAUGGGCCAUUCUUCCUUGGCGAAUUCAGUUUGGUGGAUAUUGCCUAUAUUCCAUUUGUUGAAAGGUUCCAAAUCGUCUUCUCUGAGGUUUAUAAGCAUGACAUCACAGCUGGAAGGCCUAAACUAGCAGCAUGGAUUGAGGAGCUGAACAAAAACAAUGCUUAUAAGCAGACAAAACUUGAUCCAGAAGAAUUCGUUGACUUUUUCAAGAAGCGCUUCUUGGGUCAGUAGUAAACAUCAGAUGGCAACGGGUGUAUAUGACACAAGUAAAUAAAGUGAGAGGUGCAUGCAUCAUGGAAUGCUUUUGAGUUUUUAAGCUGCUACGUAUAAGCCUGUGUAAUGGCUAGAGUUGCAGAUAGUCUGAAUUUGUAAUAAAGGUUUCUGUACCAGUGUCUAAUCUUGUACAAUAAUAACUAAAUCAAGAAAUGAUUUAUGUAAAGCUUGAUAAGCUAUAUGCAUGUAACUUUGUGUUAAAUUUUAUGGUUUCCACAUAUAGGAUGUCGUUCUCGAUCUCGUGAUCUUGUCCU